AUGCACUUUCUGCCGAACUACCAGAGGAGCAUGUGGCACGGACACACCAAAAGACACGUGCAGUUCCCCACGCCUCUCGGUGAUGGCAUGAGCAUCGACCAAGUAUGGCCUGGAGGUGAAGGCACCAAUUUUGGCACCGAGGAGGAGCUUCGAAAGCCAAACAGCAUCGCCUUCAACUUGGUGGGACAUGAACUUGCAGACAUUAUUGUCGAGUGCAACGGCCUUGUAUGCGACCUCGAAGACAUGGCUGAAGAAGGAGAGGCUCUAGAGUACAUCCAAACGUAUCGUCGGAAGACGAUUCAGGCCAAGGCAAAGCGCUUCGCCAAACUGGGCGCGACAGUGGAUACCAUCGAGCGCGAGAUCAGUGCGAUGAGUGCCGACCCAAUGACGACGUGGGAUGAAGCGUCCCUUCCUGUCCCAGAUGAGCUCUGGGUCAAGCAGAAGCCGUCUGACACCAUGAACAGGCCACACAGGGCACGGUGUCCGAAGCAAAAACCAGCCAGAAAGCAAAAAGCAGGUUGA